AUGUUGCUGAAACACCUUCUGGCACUAUCUGCCCUCCUCGUGGGAUCUUGGGCUCAGACGACCACCCAGGCUGUGGGAGAGGCGGCGACUGAGACGCCCUCAUCGACACUGGAGGAAUCAGCUACGACUACUGCUACUGGAACAGGAGUUACAACGCAUACUAUCAACGUUGGAGCUGCUGGGAAUAAGUUUACUCCUGGUGAGACUGAAGCUGAUAUUGGAGAUAUUAUUGAAUAUCGGUUCUAUCCCGAUGCGCACUGGGUGAUUCGAGGAGAGUUUGAGAAUCCAUGCAUCCCAUAUGAGUAUGUUCAGACAGAUAGACAAGGCUUCUCAAGCGGCCGGCAGCCCGUCAAGGCUAUCACCGACGAUGCUCCUCGAUUCCGCGUGAGAGUCAAUAACACCGAACCAAUCUUCUACUACUGUGGUGCUCCUGGAUCAUGUGUCAAAUACCACAUGAUGGGUGUUGUAAAUUCCUCGAAGAAUCAGACACUUAAUGCCUGGCUCGAAAAGGCAGAGUAUGUGGAGUACCAAUUAACCCCCGGCGAACCCUUCCCAACCGAAGAAGGAUUCCUGACUUCAACUACAUCUGCAACCCCCGACUCAACCGGCGGCCCCUCAAUCCAUGGCGACGAUCACCGCAGCCACGGCCACGGUCUCAGCCCCGGCGCAAUUGCAGGCAUUGUAAUUGGUAGCGUGGCCGUCCUCAUUCCCGCUGUCGGAGCCAUCUACCUCUGUGGCAGACGUGGUGGCUUCGACAAGGCAUAUCACAACUUGAGCUUCCACAGCACCGUUCCUAUCUACCCCAAGGGCGGACCACCUUUUGUUGAAGCUCAGUUCGGCUCGCCGAAUGCUGCGGCUGCGGGUAUCUGGGCGAACAAGCAACCGACUCCCAUGGCUAACUCCGGUCAAAUUCCUCCCAUCAGCCCGCAGUUUACGCCUGGCUACAACUUCCCGCAGGGUGCUAGAAUGAUGUCGCAAGACAGGAACAGCCCGAACACACACUAG